AUGUCGUCUUUUCGCUUCUCCACCUCAAAAUGCGAAAAUGCGAAAUCACGAAAGGACGACAAAGGUGGUCGUGUUUUCGCUUUUUCGGAUUUUCGAGGCAAAAAGCGCUUUUUCGUCUUCAAAAUACAAAAAUGCGAACUCACAAAGAGACGACAAAGUCAAGUGAAUUUGGCAUUAAAUAAGGUGACGUACCAGACAGAUACUUCCGGCGAUUAUUUUGCAAGUCUAGUUGUUGACGGAAACCCGUCCUACAAUUUCAACGACGGCACGUGCUCAAGAACGCUGUCAAACGAUGCAUCAUGGGAAGUUGAUCUCGGUGCGAUAUACUUUGUUGGUUCAGUGGAAAUCUACAACCGAGUAGAUUGCUGUUCGAAUGAUUUAAGAGACAUAGAAAUCUAUACAGGUCUGACUAGAGACGCCUACCAGUUUGUGGGGACACGGCCGGGACCAGCUGGUCUCGCGAUCAUAUAUUCACCACUCACUAUGCCGGAAUUUCAGUGGCUGAAAAUCUCUCGUAAGGCAGGGAGCAAGGCUCCGUUGACCCUGUGUGAAGUAAAGGUGUUCCCAUCUGACGUCACCACCACACAGGCGUCUGACGUCACCACUACACAAGC